AAUUACAAUAUAAUACCACGGUUGAAAAUGUUAAUCGUAAAUAAAAUAUAUAACACAUUUCUUCUGUAUAAUAGCUUCACAAAUAAAUAAAACAAUUAAAUAUAACAUUUCAUAAUACAAUUAAUUCUUUAAAAAAUAAGCUUUCUAAGUAGCUAUAUUGAUUAAUAUGCUCCAGAUACAACCACAAACAUAAACUCGUAAUUCCACAGUUUCUAAAAGUUAAUGUCUUUUCGUUCAGUUCUUGGUUUGUUUUUGUCCUAUAUCCCUCCAAAAUCAGACACAUGAAUGAAACACUGACAUAGUUAAAAAUAAUAUAAUGGAUAUAAACACGUACUGAAACUGACAGAAUGUCAUGCAGGAGACACAUAAUGUGAACAUAUUUUUCAAGAAAACUCUGAACGUGCUUUUAAAGUUUCCAUUCUCCAAAUAACUUUGUCAGAAUUUGACCUAAAUUACGCAUGACCUAAUUACAUAUAUGGUUCAAAAAGAAAUUAGUUGUCAAACAAAUCCUCAGCGCCUGUAAUAAAUAUAUAAAACGUCAUCACAUAAAAUGUUUUACUUGAAGUUUUGGUAAAAUGAAGGAUUCUGUUAAAUGAGUCACAUAGAUAAUCAAUGACAAAUUUGAUUACGGAUACAAAUACAAGUCAUUUCUAAGUUAUAAAAGUUAUAACCUUUGAUGGUCUUCGCUCCGGUCUUGGUGUCCCGUCGGUCCCUCACAUUUCAGAGGUGCUGCAGGACACCGAGUUCUUUUGAGGGAAAGAGGCAGUGUUUGUUAAGACUCUUAUCUAACCAAUGAACUAAGAGCUCCCUCUAAAAAUGCACGUCCAUCAUCUAUUUCUGCCCAAUGAACGUCUUCGAAGGGCGGAGCUCAGGUGCGCGCCGCUGCGUCCACUUGGCAAAGAGCCUGGGAGACGCCUGUGGCAAAAGAGUAACUGUCAAAUGCAAGGUUCCUUUAAUAGGAGCGAUCAGUCCGGCUCCGAGAGUCAUGGCGACUACAGCAUCCAAUCAUUACAAUAUCCUCACUUCCAGCCCAUCUAUUGUACACUCGGAGCCUGGAAGCAUGCAGCAAGCUACGGCUUACAGGGACGCGCAAACCCUGUUGCAGAGUGACUACUCGCUGCAGAGCAACAGUCACCCGCUCAGCCACGCGCACCAGUGGAUAACAGCCUUGUCACACGGAGAAGGAGCUCCGUGGUCGUCCAGUCCGCUCGGCGAACAGGACAUCAAGCCAGCGGUACAGAGCAGCCGGGACGAGAUGCACAAUUCCAGCAAUUUACAGCAUCAGUCGCGACCACCCCACCUGGUACAUCAGACGCACGGGAACCAUCACGACUCAAGGGCAUGGAGAACAACGACGGCAGCUCACAUUCCCAGCAUGGCAACAUCAAACGGACAGAGCCUUAUUUACUCUCAGCCCGGGUUCAGCGUGAACGGUCUCAUCCCGGGCACCGGGCAGGGCAUACACCACCACAGCAUGCGAGACGCGCACGAGGACCACCACAGCCCACAUCUCAGCGACCACGGCCAUCCGCCGUCCCAACACCAGCACCAGGCGCACCAGGGUCACCACGACCACUCGGACGAGGAUACGCCGACCUCCGACGACUUGGAACAGUUUGCAAAACAGUUUAAACAGAGGAGGAUCAAGCUGGGUUUCACGCAGGCGGACGUUGGACUAGCUUUGGGGACCCUGUAUGGAAAUGUGUUUUCGCAGACCACAAUAUGCAGGUUCGAGGCCCUGCAACUUAGCUUCAAGAACAUGUGCAAGCUCAAACCUUUGUUAAACAAGUGGUUGGAGGAGGCAGAUUCCACAUCUGGUAGCCCCACGAGCUUGGACAAGAUAGCCGCGCAAGGGAGGAAAAGGAAAAAGAGGACUUCCAUUGAGGUAAGCGUCAAAGGGGCUUUGGAGAGCCAUUUCCUGAAGUGCCCAAAGCCAGCCGCGUCGGAAAUUACUUCGCUGGCGGACAGUCUGCAGUUGGAAAAAGAGGUAGUGAGGGUUUGGUUUUGUAACAGAAGACAGAAAGAGAAACGGAUGACUCCUCCCGGCGGACCUCUACCGGGUACCGAGGACGUAUACGGAGACACGCCGCCGCAUCACGGGGUUCAGACGCCAGUUCAGUGAAAAAUAAGGACAUGUCGUAUUGCCUAUUGACUGCCUCAGACUUAAUUUAUACGUUCACACUGCGAUCUAAACACUGGAACUAUCCAAAGCGAUAGCAGCUGCGGUUCAACACUGAGGCGCGGGAGCAGAUAUGAGAGGAUAUAAAUGCGUCUUCAAUGUUACUCAAAAUUCGUACUGCUGCAACAGAGGGGACGCGCGUUCCCCCCAGGAGCAAAGAGAACGGUUGUUCUGUGAAUACCCAGCACUGUGAAAAGACGCAGUUUUAAGGUGUAACCCUACUAUUUAACGUACACUUUGAGACGAGCGAAAUGUCCCUCAAACGUGAGCAUGGGUGUCCCAUAGCCAGUUGUUUACAUCUAGACCCAAUAGGAUACAGAAACACAUCCACUGCGUUUUCUUUAGCAGGUUCAGUCGAAAGCCCGAAAAGUGACUAGAGCUGCAGCAACAAAUACACGCCAUUUUUACUUGUAUUGUCGGCGACUGAGGGUGAACAUCGAGUCAGAAAAAAAAAACAUCAAUGUGACAUGCAUCCGCCCACGAUUAUAUUGGCAUCAGUGAAAGGCCUUUAAACAUACCAUUAUUUUUAUAUGAUUAUCGUUGUUAUUAUAGAUACAGCAUGGCUGUGUACCAGACAUACUACGAGGUGCAAGGUCACGCCAAACACAUACACAAUUGAUUCUAUAGCCUUUCCCUUAGUCUUAUCGAUACGGAUGGCUCUAAAUUGAAAAGAGAAACUGCCAGGACCCAGCUGCAGACAGAUCACCGAAGGGCUAGAGAUAGAAACCUUUCCGUCUAUCUAGUCAUAUUACCAUGAAUACAAUUGUUUCGCAGGACUCCAAACAGUGCUGUAAAUAUUGUAUAAUUUUGAAAGGACAUAGCUUCGUUAUCCUCUCACUUGAGCACUUUUUCUUAUCGUUUGGAAUUUGGAAAAGAUUUUAGCGGUUUGUUUAUUCCUCGUUUGUUUCAGAUGAUUUUGCAUUAGAGUUGGUAUAUUUGCCUUUAUAUUUAUAGUCAUUUAGCCGGAUAUUGCUUGCUAUCUCUCGCGUGAGUCAGUUGCUUUUUAACCCACAUUCAGCUGCUUUUUUAUAAAUUAUGAGCUGACUUUACUAUAUGUUUAUGUAUAGUAAACAAUGUUCAGUCUUCAACAAUGUUAGCACUAUUUUCUACCCAACAAAUUCAAUAUUAUAUAUCUCAAACAUUUGAAUGUCUUUUUUAAUUAUUUUGAAAUAGAAAUUAUUUACAUUGUAUAAUGGAGAAUGGGAAAAGCAAGUGAUGUGACCUACAAUAUUUUCGUUUAAAGGCAAAAGGUUUUCAGUGUUUCAUACGACAAAACGUCUUUAAAUUUCAUUGCCGCCAUUUAUCAAAGCAUAUCCAUUUGAAACACGAGCACUACGUUAUUAUUAUUUUUAUUAUCAUUAUUAUUAUGGUUAAAAUUUCCCCACGUUUUACCCAACAGCAGAGCUAUACAGAGUCAAUUGAUUUUUGGGGGCAUUUAAAGUUCUUCAUUGUGUUGGUCCGGGUUCGCAUAUACUGUAGGGUCACGAUGCAUUGAUUAUUUACAGAAAAUGUAAACACUGGAAGUCUGGAACUGGAAAGAUUUGUCCCGGGGCUUACUAUACGUCACUAUAUGUAAAUACAAUUCUACAAUCAGAAAUGAUACUUUUUUAUUUUUUUUUGCUUAUACUUUUAAUAUUAUUUGGGUGUAAAUCUAUUCCCAGGGACAUCUUUUGUUACGGUUCUCAUUUUUCUUCAAAAGAAAACAAAAGAAACAUUUACAUAGAUGAAUUAAUCAAACUACCAUGUAAUUCUACAAGAUCAUGGGAUGUAUUUAUUUGUCGUUUUGUUUACUCUGUCAGAAAGACUCAUUCAAACGUUGAACUGGAUAAAUUUGUGGGUAUAAUAAAAUGCGCAGAGGUUGUGAUAGAGAAUUGAUUUUUGUAGUACAUCAUGUUUAUAUUAUCCUAAAUCUGUGAAUCUAAGCUAACAUUUCAUUUUGUGGAGUGAAUAAUUUAUGCGCAUAUUAAUGUUUUGGUCAAGGUUUUUAAGCAAUGGGCAAAAGAAUCCAGAAUAAUAAUAAAAUACAAAUAUAAAUAAACACACUAAAAAUACAAUUAAUGAUUUGAUCGUCAACGCCGAAUUUGCAUAACAGGAUGUAACAAAUCCAAACCGAAAAGAUUAAAAUCCCAUUUGUUAUUAAUAAUAGCUUGAGAACUGAUGACAUACACAGAAGAUUUGAGGUAUUUUGUCGGGUUCGUCUUAGCGCCGUUCAACAAAACAACGCUGUAUUUCGUGAU